AGAACGCACGCUACCCGGCCCGGGUCCCGAUCGUCGGGACUCUCCUCUUGGACGCCGCCCGGGGUGCGGGGACCCCGGCACGCUGCAGCCGGCGGGCCGAGCUCCGCAUCUCAGCGCUCUAACUAACCUGGCCCGUGGCUUUGGCCUCCACGGUGCCUGGUCCCCCGGCCUCCCUCCACCUUUCCCCGCAUCCUCCCUCCACCCUUCCCGCUGCUCCGCUGCCUCUCAUUCAUUGCAUCCGUUUCCCCUUCCUGGCUCGGCCCUCCCGCUCAAAGCCUCCCCGGCUGGACCCCGCUACCCUCUUGGGGUUCUCCGUACAUUCAUGGAAGUUUAGGGCCUGGACAGUAGCCCCGAGUCAGACCUGAGAGCGCAGCCCGCGCUGCUGGCAGGGCAGAGGAAGAUGUCUGCGCUCAAGCUGAUGAUGCGGGUCUCCAAUCGCUCCCUGAUCGCCUUCAUCUUCCUCUUCUCCCUCUCCACGUCCUGUCUCUACUUCAUCUAUGUAGCUCCAGGCAUCGCCAACACAUACCUCUUUAUGGUACAAGCUCGAGGUAUCAUGCUGAGAGAGAAUGUGAAGACUAUUGGACAUAUGAUCAGGCUAUACACAAAUAAAAACACCACACUCAAUGGGACAGAUUACCCUGAAGGCAAUAAUUCAAGUGACUACCUUGUGCAAACAACAACGUAUCUCCCACAAAACUUCACGUAUUCACCGCAUCUCCCCUGCCCAGAGAAGCUGCCGUACAUGCGGGGAUUCCUCAAUGUCAAUGUGAGUGAGAUCAGUUUUGAUGAAGUCCAUCAGCUCUUCUCCAAGGACACAGAGAUUGGGCCAGGAGGCCACUGGAGGCCCAAAGACUGUAAGCCCAGAUGGAAGGUGGCAGUUCUCAUCCCCUUCCGUAACCGCCAUGAACAUCUUCCCAUUUUCUUCCUGCACCUGGUUCCGAUGCUCCAGAAACAGCGGCUGGAAUUUGCCUUUUAUGUCAUCGAACAGACCGGCACACAGCCAUUCAACCGCGCGAUGCUAUUUAACGUGGGUUUCAAAGAGGCCAUGAAAGACGGCGCCUGGGACUGUGUCAUCUUCCACGAUGUGGACCAUCUGCCUGAGAAUGACCGCAACUAUUACGGAUGCGGAGAGAUGCCGCGUCACUUUGCAGCGAAGCUGGACAAGUACAUGUACAUUCUUCCAUAUAACGAGUUCUUUGGUGGGGUGAGCGGCCUGACAGUGGAGCAGUUUAGGAAGAUCAACGGCUUUCCCAAUGCCUUCUGGGGCUGGGGAGGAGAGGACGAUGACCUUUGGAACAGAGUUCACUACGCUGGGUAUAAUGUAACCCGGCCAGAGGGGGACUUGGGAAAGUACACAUCUAUUCCUCAUCACCAUCGGGGGGAAGUACAGUUUUUAGGGCGGUAUAAAUUACUAAGGUAUUCCAAGGAGCGUCAGUACAUCGAUGGAUUGAACAAUUUAUUAUAUACGCCCAAAAUACUGGUUGAUAGGUUGUAUACAAACAUAUCUGUAAACCUCAUGCCAGAGUUAGCUCCAAUUGAAGACUAUUAAAAGAAGUAUCUCGUGGUGGGAUGGACCACAGUGCUGGAUCGCGAACUUGGCUUGGAGUACACUCUCCAUGGAGGUUAGAGAGCGACAUGUCUCAGUGUCCCAGUCUGUGAAAAGAGCCAGCAGUCUUUAUGUUUACAGCUCGGGACUCCAUACCAUCACACUCCCCUCUCCUCCCUGCUUUGGGGCAGCCUCCAUGGCAAGCGUUGUAAGAGACCUGAACCCAUGGCUUGGGAUUGGAAGUAAAGAGAGCUCCCUACAAAGAGAAGAUUUUUAUACUGAAAUCUAUAAUUUAAUUCAAGAGAAUGCUUUUAUUUCCGUUCAAAACAUAUUUUGUACAUAUGUGAUGUAAAUUAAAUGUGUUCAAAUUGUUGAAAAAUAAGAUGUCACAAUUUUGCAUGUAAUUGGUUAUGCCUUCGUUGGACUUUUAUAGACUUUUUUUUUAUUUGCAUGGGGGAAAAAACUAUGUAAAUCUCUGUCUUGAAACAAAGAUUAAGCCUUGUAUGGACUGAAGGGAGUGUCAGCGAUGAACAGACGCUACAAUAACUGUUGUACUGGCGUUCAGCUUUAGACCUUCAACCCCAUGUGGGAGAAGGCUCAGCCCUCUGAGGGCUUGGGAGGAAAGAGCUUUUCUCCCUGCCAGAAUGACCUGGUUUUGUUUUGGUUUGGUUUGGUUUGGUUCUGUUUUUCCUUGCUUGCAAUAUCAUCAGAUUUUGCCAAGUCAACAGCCAUAUUGUUUAUGCAUACUGCAUGAGUAUUACCAAGAAAACCUUCAAAGUUGUGAAGUGAUAUGCUCUACAGGACCUCUUCACAUUAAAUGUCUCUAUGUACCUCCGACGUAAGUGUCAGGGAUCUUGUGCCUCAAAAAAAAAGUUCCCAAGGUCGUGUUUAUAUACUGUAUUCUUUUUUCAGUUUCAUAAUGAAUAGCAUUAUAAUUUCCAAUUAAGAAGAACCAAAAUAAAGUGUCUUCUUUUGAAAACAUUUUUUAAAGAAUGAACUUAUGGAAAAUGCAGUAGUGCUUAUACAGAUGGAUUACACUAUUAGAUGAGAAAUUAGAUGCUCUAUUUUUAUGAAGAUAAAUGCUUAGAUUAAAGUAAACUCCAACUUUAAUUCUCAGAUGUACACAAUUCCCUUAGACAUCAGCCAGUCAUUCAAAAUACCUUCUUUUCACCUUCAAGAAAUCUCUGGUGUUAAAUUUUCUCACUAAAAAUGUAAUUUAGUAAGCCCCCUCUCCUUUCUGUAGUGUUGAGGAUUGAACCUAGGGCCUUUGGACUUAAAGUCAGUUAAUUGAAUGUGGAUACUGUAACGUCUGAAAUACAUCUCACUACCUAAUGGCAAGUCCACUCGUCCUCAGUUUGGAUGUGGUUUUCCACGUCAAAACAACAAAACCCAAUCACUGUCUUACUCUAGAAUUAUCAUUUACAAAGAUUCUUCGAAAGUAUCUCAUAUGUUAGAUCUUAUUUCCCAUACUUUCACAAAUUCGGAACAGAACACCGUCUGUCUGUAAAGUGAGCCUUCCCCAAGAGUGAAGAGGAGAGAAUUCUGGGUGUGAGAAAGUUUGCUUCCCUUAUCUAUCUAGUGUUGAGAGCUUACUUGCAGUUGUCAUCUUCUGUCAUAGUUUUGGUAAUGCCAAUGGCCACAAACCAAAUCAUAGAGUAACUAAAAUCCUUACUCUUAUCUGCCAUGAAACCAAUCUUUCCAUGUUUAUUUCUUAGAAGUCAUUCUAAAAAAGUUACCUUCUAAUUUUUUUGCUACUCAAAAGAGUGAAAAAUCAGAACUUUUGCAGAUGAAGAUAUUUGUAUGUUAUCCACCUAUUUUCUGUCUCUUGUGGCUAAUGUAUUGAUAAUUUGAUGGAAGGACAGCGGAAUGUAAUGUUACUGUUGCUGAUGGCUUCUGAAACAGGGAUAUAGGUGGGUGAUGAUCCCAGAGCUGGUCCCUCCUCACAGUGGUGGGGAAAUUGACACCCUGCUGAAUCUUAUGCAGGAAAUACAUUUUGUAACAUGGGGCUGUCUACAUUGGGGGAUGCCUUUUCACAUGGAUACAUAGCUCACUGUUUCAGGAAAAUUCAGGACCCCAGGUAAUCCGCCUUACUCUCUUGGGUUAAAUCUGGCAUUAAUAUGGCAUCAGGAAUGGGAUGUAAAUAUUUUUGCUGUAUUUUGGUGUUGAAUCUGGAAUGUCAACCUGUAAGAACCACCUCACUACUUUGUUUUCUAUUUUGCCUUUUAAAUUCAGACACAGAAUUAUUUUCAGUUAUGAACAGUGACCUAUAUAUGUUCCCAUGUAUGACAGUUUUCCCCAGUUAUCAUGGUCCUAUGACAAUAAAUCUCUUCCUUACAUAUUAGCAGAAACAGACAGUCUGGUUUAAGUACCCAGUGGUUUUACAUCAAGGGUCUACUCUCUGUCGGCUGCCUUUCUAACUGUGGCUGCUUAAAAGUGUUGUGGAGUGUUUCUUCUCCCCUAAACAAGUCAAAUGAAGAAAGUUGAAACUUCUCCGAAAUAGGGAAGGCACUUUCUGAUAACUUAUCUGUCAGUUGUCUUAGUCACAAAUCCAGUGUGGACACAGAGAUGCUGGGAGGUCCUCAUGGCCCUGGGGACAUCAUAUGAUGCCUUUGAACUAGAGAAAGAAAUCAUGACUGAUGGGCUGCUUAUCAAAGAAAGGGAGAAAGUACACCCAUUCGUUGUAGCAUUCUUUCUGGUUCUUAGUGAAGAUGUUGUUUAAUUCUUUGCCAAAACUAGGGUUUGAAUAGGUAAUUUUUUCCUUUUUUAUAAAAGUAUUACCUGUUGUAGACCUUUGAGAUGGCUCACGGGGUAAAGGUGCCUGCACCAAGUCCAGCAACCUGAGUUUGAACCCUGGGACCCACACUGUAGAAGAGAACCUACUCCUGCAAGUUGUUCUAUGACUUCUAUCUGUAUACGCAUACCGGUGUGUACAUACACACUGGUGCACUCACACACAAAUGCACACACAGGUACACACAUGUGCAUACAAGAGCACACAAAAGUAGAUCAAAAGGUAAUUAAAAUUAAAUUUAUAUUUUAUGAAAUGGUUUUCACCAAGAAAAUCUUAUUUAUAAAAGUUAAGUAAAAAAUUAUCUAUUAAAAAGCUACAUUCCUGUCCCAGCCAAGGUACUGAUAACCAUCUUAGAACAAAAUGGAAGCAAAGCCAAUACAGAUUCUCCCUUUGGAGACUCUGAGAUUCAAAGCAGACAUUAAGUCAUAUUUGGCCUUGUCCUGUUCCUUUAUAUACCUGUCAGAUAAAUAGCACUGGAGAUUUCUUGCCUUGGGUUUGCAGAUUUGUCAUUUGAGAAGCAAACUGUCACAGUGUUGUUUUUCAGGAGGUGGAAGUGUACUUAAGAUUAUUUAUUACAAUAUGAAAUACUUCUAUGUAAGUGCAUUGAUGUAAAUGCUAGUGAUUCCUUGCGGUCUUUUUUUUUUGGUCCUGUUUUGCUUCUCAUGGAAAUGUUUGUACUUUUUUUAUCAUUGUCUUUUAUGAAAUAUAAUGUUCUAAAGA